CCCCGGAAAGAGAAAUCGCUAACUUCUAUUUACAAAUAUUACCCUCAUGUUUGUUUGUGAAUAGACGUUACAGACAUGUUCCGAAAGUGUAUGAUUCCAAUAAUUUCAUCAGUAUCUCUAGGAAUUGGUGCUUUGGUUGGCGCAAAGUUAGAACGAUGUAAACAAUCUCUAAACGUGGAGGGAAAAUCUCUGCUAGCCUUUCCAUCGGUUUUGGCUGUGAAACUAGACGAUGUAACUACUCCAGUACAAGAGGCUGGAGGGCGCCCGUCAUCUGUCAUCCCCGUGAACAGAUCCCAAGAGAUCAUGAGAUUCGGUUUUCCUGGAUUUGACCAAGUUCGUACCUUCGAUAAUUAUGUGAUGUCGUAUGACAGACGCAACAGGAACGCUCACUGGGUGUUCGAGCACCUCACGCCUCAAAACCUCGCCUACGACGAAUCAGUGCAUCGAGGCAACUCCGAGUUCAGGGAGGAUACGUCCAUUCACCAGUAUUUCCGAUCUACAAAUUAUGACUACAGAAGGACUCGCUAUGAUAGAGGACAUCUGGCGGCAGCACAGAAUCACAGAAUGUCACAGAACGCUUUGGACCAAACUUUCUUCCUUAGUAAUACAUCCCCUCAGGUGGGCGAAGGUUUUAACCGCGGCCUGUGGAAUGACCUGGAGAAGUACGUCCGUGCCGUGGCGAGGAACAACAAGAACGUGUAUGUCUGCACGGGGCCGAUGUAUCUUCCCCGCCUGGAGUCUGACGGGAAGGUGUACGUCAAGUACGAAGUCAUAGGAGCCAAUCAGGUGGCAGUUCCCACUCAUUUCUUCAAAGUGAUUGUCAUCGAGAAUCUAAAUGGUCAGUUUGAACUCCAGUCCUACCUCCUGCCCAAUCAGAUGCUUCCAGUGGACACGCCUCUCAAGAAGUACUUCUGCCAUUUAGAUUCCAUUGAGAGGUCAGCCGGACUUCUCUUGUUUGACAAGAUUCCCAGGAACAUGUUCAGGAAGAUUAAUGGUGUGAAGCAGUGAAUGCGAACAUGGGUAGUUCAGAGCCCUAGAGAACAUGGUGUUUGUGUGGGUGGUGUUGGGGGUGUUACAGGAUGUAUAAGUUGAUGUGUGACUUUAUGCCAAGUACUUGGAGGUGAUUGUUGCAUGUUUUGCAACCAAAAGCAGCAGUGAUGUUCAGCUAGAACAUCUCAGGUGACUCUGCCAAAAAUGUGGGUGACAUCACCACCAGAAUGGUCACAAGGCUGAAACCAAUAACCCUGCACCAUCUUAAACUUGCUCUUCAGUCUCGAGUUCUGAAGCGAUUCAAGUGUUCAUAUCUUUCACAAACUCUCUGAUCGACCUGUUUAAUGUUAAGUGCGACCUGGACACAUUCUUGUUUUGAACUUACACAGACACUUCUUAACAAAAGUAUAAAUGUGUGGAAAUAUAGUUAUUCCACAAUCAAUUUUUUACACAGUUUGUCAAGCUGUGAAAUAAUGUGACCGGUGUAGAGUUAACAA